UCCAAAUAACAAACACAAUCACCUUCUCUAUUUGCCUCCAAUUUGUCUCAAAUAGCAAAGAAAAAAGAAAUGGAGAUCUCAAAGCUUUCAAUUACCUUUAUUGUGUUCAUGAUCUUAGCCAUGACCCAUUCUUCGCUGGCCCAAAAUAAGCACAGGGAUAUCAUUCUACUCCACAACAGGGCCCGUGCACAAGUUGGUGUCCCACUCCCACGACUAAAAUGGAACAAGACACUUGCUGCCUAUUCCAAUAAAUAUGCAUCCACCAGAUUAGCUGAAUGCACUUUGGUGCAUUCACACUCACCCUAUGGUGAAAAUCUUGCCAUGGGCUAUGGCAACUUUUCGGCUGCGGAGGCCAUUAACAUGUGGGUCGGAGAGAAACCGAACUACGACUAUGCCUCCAACUCAUGCAAACAAGAUAUGUGCGGGCAUUAUACUCAAGUGAUCUGGAAAAACACUCGCCAAGUUGGAUGUGCAAGAUUGAAAUGUGAUAAUGGUGAAGCGUGGUUUGUGUCAUGCAACUAUUAUCCCCCUGGAAAUUACAUUGGCCAGAAACCUUUUUGAUUAAAUAAUUAAUUAAGAAGCAUGGUUUCAAUAACUUUAUAAUUAAUUUACUUUCAUC